AUGAAUAAAUUGUAUUUAUUAUCAGCAGUAUUACUUUUAUGCUUUUUAUCAACUGUCCAUGCUAAAAGAUUUAAACCUAUUAAAUUUGAUGAUGACCACGAUUGUUUAAGAAAUUAUCAAAUGGAUUUUGAAGGAAAUGCAUUUAGAUUAACUGGUAAAUCAAUUUAUGGUGUAAUAUUUAAAAAGGCUGUUAUCUUUAGACAUUCUUAUAGUAGUAUCAAUGUGACCGAUGUUCCAGACUCGAAAAAAGAUAAUGUGACUGCCAAUUUCUUCACUUCAGACUAUAGAUUAUACGCCAUUGCCGAGUAUGAAGAAACCAAUGGUGUAGAGGGUUUCCAAUACGAUGAAGAUAAGCUAGAAGGAUGGUAUUUCUUUGGAUCCGACUCUUACAAAUUUACAAGCAACAAAACCACUUUUAAUACAACACUAAAUAAUGGAACAUCGGUAGAGUUUAAUGCCUAUGAUAUUGUCGCCAACUCAUCCAAUGGAAUGGUAUCACUUCGUUUCACCAUCUCUGAUGCUCCCAUCACCAUUGACUCUGUCGACUUUAAUUCCGAGACUGUCAAGAUUGAUGUAGAGAUUAACAACUAUUUCAACGAGUCUAUCAACAAACCAUCAGAUGACGACUGUGGAAAGAAACGUCCAUUUGAUUGUCUGUCAACCGGUCCAUCUACCAACAACAACACUCGUCUUGCCCUCUUUACCAGCUUCCUCGUUGCUGGAGGUACUGCUGAAUUCCAAACACGUGGUUUAGGUGGUAGAUUCAAGAUGCACGGCCCUAUUGCACCAACCUUUGAUUUUGUGGCCCAAGCUGUUGUCAAUGGUAACCAGACCAUUGAUAUUGUCACCAACAAGUCUUCGUUUAAUCCAAAGCACAUUCCAUCAUUCUACCAUCUCCUCGAUGAAACCUUUGAUGAUCAUACCAACUUUACAGGGUUACUUAUGGUCCAUUCAUUCGAUCAAGUACGACCGGACUCUGUCUUUUGGGAUCCUUCCAUUGGUGCUGAAAAUGAUGAUGUCUCAUUUGCCACUAGUGAUCUUCGUGUUCACCUACCAUCAUUCAUUUUAAUCUCUUUCAUUAUUUCUUUCUUAUUAUUCUAA